CCCCGGCGUUAGGUAGCACGUCUCGACGGCGUUAGCCUUUCUCUCGGCGGUGGGUCGGAGCCGCUGUCCCCGGCCUCGCAUGUUCCCCUCCAAAUUCUGCUUUUAAAUUCGAUGCCCCGUUGCUAGGUCGGCUCGCUUUCGGCCUCCGCUGCGUAGCCCCCCCCCCACUCGUGUUAAUUUCAUUUCGCCACCCGCCCAUCGCGUUGAUCAUGGCUGCAGUGAGCGGCUCGUCCGGGCCGGUUGCGCGGCUCGAGGGCCGCGAGUUUGAGUAUCUGAUGAAGAAGCGCUCGGUGAGCAUCGGGCGCAACUCGUCGCAGGGUUCCGUGGACGUCAGCAUGGGUCACUCGAGCUUCAUCUCGCGGCGGCACCUGGAGAUUUUCACCGCCAGUGAUGACGGCGGAGGUGGAGGGGGCGACUUCUAUCUGCGCUGCCUGGGCAAAAACGGGGUGUUCGUGGACGGGGUGUUCCUUCGCCGAGGCGCCGCUCCGUUGCCGCUGCCGCCGAUGUGCACGUUCAGGUUCCCCAGCACCAACAUCAAGAUCACCUUCACGGCGCUGUCCAGCGGCAGGAAGACGAGGCGCGAAGCCCCCGAGUCGCCCGUCAAGCCGGCGCAGCCGCAAUUUGCGCCGCUCACCAUUAACAUUCCCGACAACCUCGCCCACCUCAUGAGUCCGCUGCCCUCGCCCACUGGAACCAUCAGCGCGGCAAACUCAUGCCCGUCCAGCCCCCGGGGGGCCGGCUCGUCGGGUUACCGCAUGGGGGGCCGCAUGGUGAGUUCGGCCGAAUUGCAGCUGAUCAAUGACAACUCUCAGCCCGAGAACGACAAGGACGCGUCGGGCGAGGACAGUCCUAAGGACGACUCCAAGCCGCCCUACUCGUACGCCCAGCUGAUUGUUCAGGCCAUCACGCUGGCGCAGGACAAGCAGCUGACGCUCAACGGGAUCUACAACCACAUCACCAAGAACUACCCCUACUACAGAACCGCAGACAAGGGCUGGCAGAACUCCAUCCGCCACAACCUGUCGCUGAACCGUUACUUCAUCAAGGUGGCACGCUCGCAGGAGGAGCCCGGCAAAGGUUCCUUCUGGAGGAUAGACCCAUCCUCCGAAGGCAAGCUGGUCGAUCAGGCCUUCAGGAAACGACGGCCCCGCGGUGUCCCCUGCUUCAGGAUCCCGCACGGGCCCCUCUCCUCCAGGAGCGCCCCGGCCUCUCCCAACCACUCAGGGGUGCUGUCGGCUCACUCCAGCGGCAUGCAGACUCCCGACAGCUUGUCCCGAGAGGGCUCCCCGGUCCCCAUGGAGGUGGACUCCUCCUCCGUAGUCCCUGCUGCCCCCACCGCGGUGGUCCAACCCAAGCUGGCUGUCAUCCAAGAAGCUCGCUUUGCACAGAACACUCCGGGCUCUCCAGUCGCCAACCAGCCGGUGCUGAUCGCGCUGCAGGGUCAGCUACCUCAAAGCUUGAAGCCGGUCGCCUACACCAUGGCGUCUCCGGUCAGCACCAGCUCCUCCCAGCCGGUUCCGACCGUCCAGACGGUCCACGUGCUGCAGCAGAUCCCCGCCGGCGCCACCGCUGUCAUCGCGCAGCCGGCCGCUGUCAUCGGCAAAAACGAACUGCAACUACAGGAGAAUGGAGAGCGUGCUGACAGCAAAGUGAAAGUGGAGGCGGUGCCCAGCGUGACAGCCACGGGCGCAGUGGGCCGCAUCAUCCAGACUUCAGCGGCGUCCGGGCCCCUGCAGACUGUCGCCAUCCUUGGUCAGCACCAGUUGCCCAUCAAGACCAUCACGCAGAACGGAAACCACAGCGUCACCGCCGCCAUACAGAGCAACGCUCACAACACCUCCAGUCCGUCCGUGGCCAGCCCGCUUCACCUGCUCGCUGACCAUGCCUCUGCCUCGGCGUCGCUGCCCACCAUCAAACGGCAGAACGGCGACCCGCAGGUGCCGCCGGACGCCAAACGGGCCAAAACGGAGGACGAGGCAAGGCCGGCUGACAACGGUAACAACUAAGCUCCUUAAUGGAACACCCCCACCCGGCACCGCAAAGCGAACCCCCCACACCACCGCACCAAGAUCCUUUUUUUUUUUUUUUUUUUUUUUUUUUUUACAUGUCUCUAGACCCCCAAACGGGGGGAACAUUUCUGGUAGAGUUUCGGAACAUUUCCCGGAAAUUUCUGAAAAAUUCCAGGUACAUUUCUGGAAGUCUUCUUGGUACAUUUUCUAACAACAUCUGUCAACUACCUGGAAAAUUUUCAGUAAAGUUCUGGAAAUUCUUUGAUUAAUUCCAGGUAUGUUUUCGAUGUAUUUCUGGGAAGUUUUCAGUGCAUUGCUGGAAAGUAUUUUUUGGGUUUUUGUGUAGUUAAUUACUGGAAGGUUUUGGGCAAAUCUCCAUGGGAAAUUCAUCUGCGAAGUUUUGGAAAUGUUCCGAAUUGUAAAGUUUUCAUGGGAAUAGCUGAGAAUUGUGGAUGAUUUCAUUGGCGAUUGUAUCGCAUUCAAGCAUAAAUCUGAACUUUUCUGGCAGACGUUCGUUCAAAUUUGAUAGCUAUCUUUGCCCGCAUGUGAGGGCAUCACAGUGCAAAGCGAGCCCUACUGCUACAAUUUUGAAAAUGCACACGUAAUUUAACAAACCGCGUGGCACCAAAACACUACUUUCAUAUUAGUUUUGAAAAAAAAAAUUCGGCAAAUAACUUCUGGGUUCUCAACAGCUGUUUUGAUCAUGAAGUCGACCAGUCCAUUUCUAAGGACUUCCACCUAUGCCUUCCCGUGAUGCUUCCAGUCCCUCUGUUGUUGAUGACGCAACAGGAAAAGCUUAUUGGCUACUUCCUGUCGCCGUGGCGACACUUCAAACCGGCUGCUCUGAAACGGAAGCAGCCAAAUUAGCUUGGAGUGUCAUCAGCAGAUCGCCACUGGAAGGCAUACAAGAGGACAUUGUUGGAAAUGUCAUUUUCUGUUCAUUCCCACGGAAAGUUUAGACAAUUUCGGAAAUUUUGCAAACCCGCUUGUCUCGCCUGAGGUGCCAAAAGAGUAGCGAAGAGAAAAAAAAACAAAAAAAUAGAGUGGUGUCAAACGGACAGGCCAAACACGAGCGCCUUAAAUCCAGCUUAGCGCCACCCCUCUGUCGCAUCUACCUCAGCAGAACGGAGACCCACGCUCACCCCAUAAAAAGCCCCUCCCCUCAUGAACUUUUCAUCCAGACUACGAGGGUGGCGGGCAUCUUACAAAAACAGCCACACAAUCAGAGAAUGGGAUUCUAAAAAAGGUCACGUUUGGCAGCUAGCCGCUCAACUCGCAACUUCUUAUCCCGCGACAGCGCCGCCGUGUGGAGCGGAGGGCGUUUUCUUUCCUUUGAUUUCAUUUCCAACAAAACACGCAAGCUUGUUGAAAAACCUGGAAUCGUAGCCACAUUGGAGGACUUCAACAAAGACCAAUCCUGCAUGAAAAAGAAAGAAGGAAAAAACAUACCUGCACUUGAUUCAAUGUUUGUCAUCUUCCUUUUCUUUUAAUUACCCUAUCAUCUCCUUUUUUCACGCUUCGUCUCACGCAGAAUAAAAAAGAAAAACAAAGGAACCCCCAAGUUUUGCGCCAUAAUUGAGUCAAUCGUGCCCCCUCUGCGAGAUUCCGAUUGUCCACGUCCUAAACAAAGAAGAAGAAGAAAAAAACAUGUUUGUUCAGCCACAGUGGAGAAAUGCUUUUUUAAAAUAAAUUAAUUUAAAGUC